GGGCUGGUGCGCCGGGCCCCCACGCUGCUCUCCGUGUCCCGGCGGCUGCUGGGGCACCGGCUCUGGGGGUCCCUGCUGCGCGCCUCCUUCUACGGACAGUUUGUGGCGGGGCAGACGCCCCCUGAGGUGGGGGUCACAGUGCAGCGCCUCCGUGCCCUGGGGCUGCGCCCCCUCCUGGCCGUGCCCAUCGAGGAGGACGUGGGGCAGGACAAGGAAGGGGAGGGCUGGUACGAGGGGAACCGGGGGGCCGUGCUAGGCUGCGUGGGGCUCUCGGCCCAGGGGGGACCCCAGCCCAUGAUGCAGCUGAAGGUGACAGCCCUGAUGAGCGCCCGGCUCUGUAGGACGGUGUCGCUGCGGCUGGGGGAGCCGGGGGGGCUGUCGGAGUUUAACAUGGACAGAGUCAUGGCUGUGAUGGGUGGAGAGGAGGCGAACUUCUCCAGCCUGAGCCCAGCCGAGAACCGGCACCUACAGGCCUCCCUGCUGCGGCUGGACGGGGUCACCCAGCGGGCGGUGGAGGCGGGGGUGCGGGUGCUGGUGGACGCCGAGUACACCUACGUGAACCCCGCGCUGACGCUUGUCACCCUGGCGCUGAUGGGGCGUUGGAAUCGCGCCCAGCCUUGGGUGUGGAACACCUACCAGUGCUACCUGCAGGACUGCCUGGUGCGGCUUGGCGCGGACGCGGCGCUGGCCGAGCGCCGGGGCUUCUGUUUCGGGGUGAAGCUGGUGCGUGGGGCCUACUUGGAGCAGGAGCGGCGGCUGGCGCGGGAGAGGGGAUACCCUGACCCCCUGCACCCCACCUGGGAGGCCACCAACCACAGCUACCAGCACUGCCUGGACCUGCUGCUGGAGCUGGUGGCACGGGAUGGGCAGCAGUGCCAGCUGAUCGUGGCCAGCCACAACGAGACCUCUGUGAGCCACGCCAUCCGCAGGAUGGAGGAGCUGGGCAUUGCCAAGGAUGGAGGGGCCGUCUGCUUCGGGCAGCUGCUGGGCAUGUGUGACCACGUCUCCCUGGCCUUGGGCCAGGCUGGAUACGCCAUCUACAAGUCCAUCCCGUACGGGGCGGUGGAGGACGUGCUGCCGUACCUGGUGCGCCGGGCCCAGGAGAACCAGAGCGUGCUGCAGGGCAUCCGCAAAGAGCGGGACCUCCUCCGCCGCGAGCUCUGGAGGCGCCUGCUGCACCGCCCCUGAGGAACCCAGGCGUCCGAGAACCGCUGCCCCCCACAACCCGUCCUGCUCUUUGCCCCGAGACAUUGUGGGAGUGAGCCAGCCGGGCCCCUCCCAGCCUGCCCUGAGGGAUUCUGGGAGGGGGAAUUGUAGCCUGACUUACCCAGGCAGGCUCGGGUGUGGGGGAGACACUUCCUACUCCCAGCAUCCCCCUGGAAGCGAGGACCCCCAAUGAUUCUGCCACUGCCUGCCCAAUAAAACCACAUGCACCUCA